UCAAGACGUCACUGGUUCCGUCCCAACACGGAAAUAUGGAAAAGUGACAAGUGAAGAUUGUUAUUAUGGAUUCAAAGCGGUGCUUCUAGCUCAGCUUUCACCGUUUGGACUACCAGAGCGAUGUCAAAAGGCCGGUGUCGGUGCUAACUAAUGUUGUGAGAGAUGGACGCCUGCCGCGCUGGAAAUGUAGAGAGAGUUCGACCUCUGUUGUUAGUUGAAUAGCGUUUAGUCCUCGGUUUGUUCAGAGCCAUGAAACAAAGUGUUGCGGGGGUCAUGGGGGCUCUGGGACGACUGCUGCUGUCUCUCCUCCUGCUGUCCUGGGAUGGCAAGCUAUUUCAGGUUGGAGGGGUCAGAUCAGUCACUCUCCCAGAAUCCCUCCUGUUUGUCUCCACUCUGGACGGCAGUCUGCAUGCUGUCUCCAAACAGUCCGGAGACAUCAAGUGGACCCUCAGAGAAGACCCUAUUAUUCAAGUACCCGUCUACCUCACAGAGCCCGGUUUUCUCCCAGACCCCAACGAUGGCAGUUUGUAUAUCCUGGGUGGCAAACACAAGGAAGGCCUGAUGAAACUGCCUUUUACCAUACCAGAACUGGUUCAGUCAGCUCCCUGCAGGAGCUCUGAUGGUAUCCUCUACACAGGUAAAAAGCAGGAUGUUUGGUUUGUGGUGGAUCCUGAGACAGGCGAGAAGCAAACCAGUUUAACCACCUCCACCUCUGAAUCCAUCUGCCCCAACACUCCUCUGCUCUACAUUGGACGCACAGAAUACAUGAUAACCAUGUUUGACACCAAGACACAGGAGCUGCGAUGGAACGCUACGUACAAUGAUUACUCUGCUCCGCCUUACGAUGAAAAACAGGACUACAAGAUGGCCCAUCUUGUGUCGAGCGGUGAUGGUCUCGUUGUGACAGUUGACAGAGAAACAGGUGACGUCUUGUGGAGUCAGAAUUACGGGUCUCCUGUAGUGGGGGUCUAUCUGUACUCUGGUGACUCACUAAGACACGCCCCCCACCUGUCCCUCGCAAUGGAAACGCUGCGCUUCCUCACCUUUUCCUCUGCAAACGACCAGGCAGACGCACACUCGACUCUGAAGUGGAGCUAUCAGUUUGUGAAGGAGCAAGCCACGGCUCAAGCACAACUUGUACCCACUCUUUAUGUAGGAAAAUUGGACUCCCACCUCUACGCCUCCACUUCCCUUGUUCACCAUGGAGUCUCAUUAGUGCCUCGGGGACUGACCUUGGGUCGAAUUGAAGGUCCGUUGACGGCAGGAGUGACGGUCAGAGAGGGAGGGGAGUGUGAGAUCACACCGUUCACUGAUGUGCGCUACCCACCGGGGAGCACCAACAGCCAUAAGAACCAAUGGCUGUUAAUAGGUCACCAUGAGCUGCCUCCAGUGGCUCACACCACCAUGCUGAGGGAUUUCCCUGUUGGCCUGCAGCGUUCGGGGGAGGCAGUCAUCCCCCCCCGAACCUCUGCCUCCCCCGCCUCAUACUACCAUCAGCGCUACUUCGAUGCAGUUGCUGAUAGCCAUGGUGACACCCAUGCUAACAGAGGAGGGGUUGAUGGGAAGAUGUCGGGACAGGCCCAGAGGCCGGCCGCUGUGCUGCCCUUCUCCAUGACCCAGGACCGCCUGACUCUGGCUGUCAUCACGCUGCUGCUGGGAGGGUGGCUGGCCUUCGUCUUCACGUACCCCCUUCGUGCAGCUCAUCAGCUGAAAGCUCAGAGGCAGAUGGAGGAGGCGUUUGAGUCUCGUCUCCAGCGCAUGCAGACCAACAUGCAGACCAACAUGCAGACAAUGAGCUCCGUUUCUUCAGAUACAACGCUUUCUACUGACACAAACCUCUCCAGUGACUCUCAGCCUGCCUCAGCUGACCCUCCACCAAGUCCUCACACUCACAGCAGCAGCACCUCAGAUGUCGAUUUAAAUGUCACGUCUGCGUACAACCUUACAGCAGAAGGAAACAGUGAGGAGGUGCAUGUUGGGAAAAUCUCCUUCACUCCAUCUGAGGUGCUUGGACACGGCACUGCAGGAACUUUUGUCUUCAGGGGUAAUUUUGAUGGACGGCAGGUAGCGGUGAAGCGAAUACUGCCGGAGUGUUUCGAGGUAGCAGAACGUGAGGUGCAGCUGCUCCGAGAGUCUGACACUCAUCCGAAUGUCAUCCGAUAUUUCUGCACAGAGAGAGACCGCCUCUUCACCUACAUCGCCAUCGAGCUGUGCACCGCCACCCUGCAGCAGUAUGUGGAGGAUCCGUCUGGUUUUCCUCAGCUGAAUCCGAUAACUCUGCUGGGGCAGACCAUGUGUGGCCUCUCACACCUCCACUCCCUCAACAUAGUCCACCGUGACCUGAAGCCCAGAAACAUCCUCCUGUCUGGUCCCAGUGCGCUGGGGCAGGUCAGAGCGCUCAUCUCUGACUUUGGACUCUGUAAGAAGAUCCCAGAGGGCCGGUGCAGCUUCUCUUUGAGGUCAGGAAUCCCGGGAACUGAAGGGUGGAUCGCUCCUGAAGUACUGCGGGAUACUCCGGGAAACAAACCGACGGCAGCGGUGGACGUCUUCUCGGCAGGCUGCGUGUUUUACUACGUGGUCAGCAGGGGGCAGCACCCCUUCGGUGAUAAGUUAAGACGGCAGGUGAACAUCCUGUCAGGAGAAUACUCACUCUCGCAUUUUAUGGAGGAUAUACCUGACGACGUCAUAGCACAUGAUCUGAUCGAGCGGAUGAUCUGUGCCGAGGCGGGGUCCCGGCCCUCCACCGCCUGCGUCCUCAAACAUCCGUUCUUCUGGAGCCCUGAGAAGCAGCUGCUGUUUUUCCAGGACGUGAGUGACCGCAUCGAGAAGGAGCCCGCCGACAGUCCAAUCGUGGUCAGACUGGAGACAGCAGGACGAGCCGUGGUUCGGACCAACUGGAGGAUGCACAUCUCAGUGCCUCUGCAGACAGACUUGAGGCGGUUCAGGACGUAUAAAGGAAACUCAGUCAGAGAUCUGCUGAGAGCCAUGAGGAAUAAGAAGCAUCACUACCACGAGCUGCCUCCGGAGGUGCAGGAGACGCUCGGAGAGCUGCCCGAAGGCUUCAUCAGCUACUUCACAUCACGGUUUCCACGGUUACUGAUGCACACACACGCAGCUCUGCACAUCUGCUCACAUGAGAGACUGUUUCACCCCUACUAUCUGCACCCCAACACCAAAUAGUAAUGACAUGGCUCUGCACUCUAUACUCACACACACACACACACACACACACACACACACACACACACACACACACACACACACACACACACACACACACACACACACACACUAUUGUGCAAUUUUGUGAGCAAGAGAAAUCGCUGACAGUGCCCCGUUAUUGCUUUUGUAAAGCCCUUACCGUUUUUGAGGGGGAAGAUACAGUGCUGUGAAAAAGGUUUUAUAUGGCUUGAGUUGCUUUUAUAGAUUUAUCCUGUUGUUAUGCAGCUGUUGAAGAAAGUAUUGUAGGAUUUAAUUAGAAGGCACUCAAAAUGCAUCUCUCCACAAAAGCUACAUACAUUUUUUAUUUGAAUAAUAUACAACGUUUUUAAACUACAUCUUUGUUUUCAAUUAAAUGAAUAUUUCAGCAACAUUUUACUUAAAAGUCCCAAACAUGUUCAAAACACGAGGGAUAUUUUAGUUUUAAUGAAGUGUCGUCUGAUUUUGUAUGAGAGGUACUAAACAUGGUUAAGGGAAUAGAUUUUUUAUAAAUAGCAGCAACAAAUAUAGUGUCCUCGGUUAUGGCCCUGGUCAGAGCAUUAAUUACAUUAAAUGACAUGACAUUACAUGUCACUUGUUAGCAGUGGCGAACCGUGUCUAUCACAACUGGACCUUCUGUAGACACAAGGAUUAAAAAACACACCUGUUUGACAACAUAUAUUAUCUCAGAGGCGUUUUUGUUUAUUUAUUAUUUUGCAUAUUUAAGAACGAGAUUAACUGGAAACAAAAGGGGGGGGGGGUUUGUGUCUCACCGACUACUACCAACUAUUUUUGAAAUUGGUCCAGUAUUGAGCGAAGGAGCUGCAAACGGCAGCCGCUUAACAGCAUGUUGUUUAAUCAAAUACAUUUUUCAGUAGAGAUGGAAUUCAAUAGAUAAAAAUAUCGUUGGCACAUUUUUAAACUGUUUAGAAAGGACCAUACAGAUAAAAAAACAAAUGUUUCUGUCAUUGUGUCUAACCAAGACUUGCUCAGGGAGAACUCUUGUUCUGAUAUCUCCCGUUGCAUCCACACUGUUGAAAUCAGCAUAAUAAUAAGCCAUGACUUUGUAAAUUAUUUAGAUAACACCGAGCUCACUCCUCUCCUGUCUUCUGGAAACAAGUCACACGGCACAUUAAUAAACAUCCCUAAAUGUAUAAAAACACUUUUAGACCUCUUCGGGGUUAUCCCUCAUGUUGAAAGACACUUUUAAUAACAAUCUGAGCCUGCAUUUCGCAAAAAACACAUUUUCUGUGGACUUCAAUUGACUGCCAUCUGUAGCUCUCUCACUCAAUACUGUUCCAAUUAAAAAAGUGUCUUUCCUAUUAGUCACUUAGACACAAAGAAAUGAAAAAUAUGGUCUAGGUUGAAGGAAUACCAACUUCUCCCCUUAAAUAGCACCACUUGUGAGAUGCACACAGUGUGUCACAGCACUCGGCAUCUCAGACACUGGACAACAGGUUUGAUGGAUGAUUCAACUUGUGCUGCUGUUACACGAUUUUUUUGUCAUAGGAUGAAUCCCGGUUUCUUCGAUGCUGCUGUGCUUUUUCAGCUCCUCUACCAAAGACUCAACAAUAUUUACCUUGCCAUUUGUUUUCAUGUUUUUGUUAUGUGUGUCUGGAUGUAGCUACACUGACUGAAGAAUGUGCUGAGCCUUUCAGUACAUGAAGCGUAAAAUAAUAUGAUUGACACUGUAAAAAUGUGGGCAAUCUGCAAGUGUGCAGGCAACAUUGUAACAUGCUACAUUUGCCCAUUUCAUUUUUAUUUAAAGAUAUUUUACAUUUCCCUUCAACAGAUAUGUUUCUCUUGAAUCUCAGCAUUGCUUGAACUUUUUGAUCCUAAAAAUAUGCACCUAAAUGCUCCCAGAUAUAUGUGAAAUAUCUUUCAGUAACUACUGGAUGAAGGUUUUUUGCAUUGGUCUGCAGUAGAAUGAAUGAUGAAGAAUCACACUUUUGUACUUUUUUGAGUGAAUUAAACUGAUGCUUUGGGUGUGCCAAAGAUGAGUAAAUCAAA